AUGGCUGAAGUACAGGAUGAUGAUGAUGUUGAAGAACGGGAUCAUGAUGAUGAUGAAGUACAAGAUGAUGAUGAUGAUAAAGGACAAGAUAAUGAAGAUGAUAGGGAAGUACAAGGUGAAAAGGAGGAUAAGGACAAGAAGAUGAUGAUGAUUUUAAAGUACUACAUGAAAUACAAGGUGGAUGAAGUACAAGAUAAUGAAGACGAUAGGGAAGUUCAAGGCGAAAAGGAGGAUGAAGUAGAAGAAGAUGAUGAUGUUGAAGUUCAAGAUGAUGAUGAUUUUGAAGUACUAGUUGAAAACGAGUAUGAAGUACAAGAAGAUGAUGAUAAUGAAAUUCAAGAUAAUGAAAAUAAUAGUGAAGUACUAGUUGAAAACGAGGAUGAAGUACAAUAUAAUGAUGAUGAUGAAGUACAAGAUGAUGAUGAUGAUAAAGUACAAGAUAAUGAAGAUGAUAGGGAAUUGAAAACUGAGGAUAAAGUACAAGAUCAUGAUAAUGAUGAAGUACAAGAUGAUGAUGAUGAUAAAGUACAAGGUAGUGAUGAUGAUGUGUGA